ACUGUCAAGUGUUGGACUUCUUAUUUAACCGCCUUCAUACAGCUAAGUACCUAGCAUAAGACUAUUAUCGUAGCGUCUAUAAAACAACCUCAACGCUAAAGUCGUGUGUUUUAUUUAUUUAUUUAUUAUAGACUAUUUAUUUGCAUUUAAAAAUGCUCUCAUAUGUUGUUUCUCCUAAUGCACUAAACCGCAGUUAAUUUUCAUAAUGGCAUCGUUUCCUUUAGUCUAGGGUCACCUGAUAGAGAUAAGGUAGCAACCUUAACAAUAAGGCCGCUUUUUGUGUUACUGUAUCUAGGUAUUUUAAUGUUCUUUUUAAUGUAUUUCAUAGUGCAAUAAAGAAUAUUCAUUCAUUCAUAGCCAACUAAUUCACCUGUGUGAAUGCUAUCAUUAAUUAUUAGGUAAUAUAACUACAAAUUUAUUAUAAGUGCUUUAAUUUAUCAUUAUUCAAAUUCCUUGAUUUAACCAUUGCAAAUCAACACAAACAUUCAACUUACACAAGGAGUUAACUAAUGCGAAUAUGUUAAAGUAUGUAUGUUCAACUCUCAUUGAUGUUAAUGAUUCAUUAAUCUAUUCCUUUUACGGAGCAAUUAAGCUACCUAAUAUAGGAAAUUGACAAUUAACUUUAAUAAAAAAAAACUACAUUUCUAAUUUAGUGUAAUUAUUAAUUUUCAAGUUUCAAGUGGUAAAAAAACAACUCUAUUAAGUUUCGAUUGCCGUUCCUGACGUCGACUGGUCAUAUGAGCAUAAGUCUAGAAUUCAAUUGGUUCUUUACUGACAUUCAAAUUAGUAAACUUCCUUACAAUAACAAUGAUCAGAUUGUAAGCAUCGUUCGUCAGAUGUCUUUGACUUCUUUACAUGUUUCCAUCUAUAUGUCGCAGAGUUGAUAAUAAAUUGGACUAUUUCAAAUGAAAUGUUAUUCUCGAUUUUAUUUAACACGGAUGCUAUUCUCUUUUUUCCAGUUUAUAAAGCGUUAUAUGAAACAACAAAAUUAGCUGUGAAAGAUCGGAAUGUUCACCCCGUUAGAGAUACUGGGAUGGAAUGUGUACCCCCCAAAGUUUCAUCAAAACAAUCGGAGCGUGUUGCUGCUUCGAAGAAUCGUUUAGCGUUUCGUUCCGCGGCCAUGGUGACAUCACAGUGUGGUCUAAGACCUUCAAAGUGCCAUUGCCAUCAGGACAUUCGGAAUAAACAACAAGAACAAGCUCAAGUGGAAUAUGUAUUCGCCUACGAUACACCGCAGUCUUCAGAUCUAGAUGCGAGUCUUAACACCAACUAUCACGCCAGAGUGCUGGAUAUACCAUCUUAUUGCGAGAAAGAUGUCGUCGAGGAACAUGUGAAGUCUGAACUAAUUGGCUCCUGUCGAUACUACAGUAAUUUACUAACCAAGCACUUUGGAUUUCUUAAAGAAAAAGGUUCAAGCGAAUCACUGUAUGCCGAACACCGACCAAUGUCUUUAUCUAUCAUCAACAACAAAACCAGUGUCGUGCACAGAGGCCUGCACUAUGAAGCCCAGCGGUCGCAACGAGAGCGGCUGUCAAACGUACAAGAACCAGAAAACUAUCAGCUACGUUAAACGAGAACCGACCAAGCCUUUCUCGUGUUGUGCUUUGACCCCAAGUCUUACUAGCAUAUGCAGGGACAAUGAUAAACAUCAACUCAAGUCACUAUAUUACAUGCUUUCAUCUAUAGAGGGCAGGAUACGACGUUUGAAGAGAAACAUUCCAAAUUAAUAGUGUUGUGCCGUUUUAUUACUCAAUCGGCGGUGAUAUUCUGUUAUAAAAACAAUUUAGAAUUCGAUGGUGAGAGAUUAAAAAAGAUAAAAAGGUUUUAUUUCAUUGAAGCUCUAUUCUGUGACGGUGUUGAGCUCAACGUCGAAUUCGAGGUUGCAUAGCAGUAUCAUUGAACAUCUGCGCUUGAGUUUUAAUCUUAUAAUGCCUAUGGUCGUUCCAAAGUGACUGCAGAA